CACACACACUCACAGAGAGAGCCAACGAAUGCGUCUGCAUGUCUGAGUCAGUCAGUGAAUCGAUUCCUCUUCCAGUGGACCAAACCAGACAGCCGCGCAACCCAGCCGAAGAGUGCCUCUCCUGGGCUCUCCAGAGCCUUGUAUUCCACGAGGGAACCGCGCGCACUGGCAGGAGGACCGGAGGAGGUGGAGGAAAGGGGAGGAGGGACACCGGUUAACAGAUUAAAGCCCUCUCUGUUUCUCUCCCUCUUUCAUUCCCUCCGAGUGAGGGGAGACAACUCUAGGCGCCGCAUGCUGUAAUCACAUUGCUUCUGUGUAAUUUGCUCCUCUCAAUUACUUGUACUUCCUCCUCUUUUUUUUACACUGCCGCGGUCUGGAGGAAAGGCAAAGCGCGAUUUAAAAGGACUUGUGAGUCCCUUGUGCUGCCUCCCUGUUCUCCCUCUUUCCUUCUUUCUUUCUCUUUUUUUUUAAAUGUAAGUGGAAGGUGGGAUUGGGGGGAGUGGGGAUAAACCGUUGCGGCCAGCUGGAGAGAUGGGCAAGUCCAACAGCAAACUAAAGCCUGAGGUAGUGGAAGAGCUGUGCAGGAAGACCUACUUCACAGAGAAGGAAGUUCAGCAGUGGUAUAAGGGUUUUAUCAAAGACUGCCCCAGCGGUCAGUUGGACGCAGCUGGCUUUCAGAAGAUCUACAAGCAAUUCUUCCCCUUCGGUGAUCCCACCAAAUUUGCCACCUUUGUCUUCAACGUCUUUGACGAAAACAAGGAUGGACGCAUUGAGUUCUCCGAGUUUAUUCAAGCUCUGUCUGUCACGUCCAGAGGGACGCUGGAUGAAAAACUCAGAUGGGCCUUUAAACUUUACGAUCUUGAUAAUGAUGGCUACAUAACCCGAGAUGAGAUGCUGAACAUCGUGGACGCCAUCUACCAGAUGGUGGGGAACACAGUGGAGUUACCUGAGGAGGAAAACACACCAGAGAAGCGAGUCGACCGCAUCUUUGCUAUGAUGGAUAAGAAUGCAGAUGGGAUGUUGACUCUGCAGGAGUUUCAGGAGGGCUCCAAGGCAGACCCCUCUAUUGUACAGGCUCUCUCCCUUUAUGACGGCCUGGUGUAGGCCCAUCUCAAAGUGGCGUUCAGUAAUCAAUACAGCCCAUUUAUGUCAUCCUGCUGGCACUGUGAGAGGAAAGCUGACCUGUCACCAAUCUCCUGGACCUGCCAACAUGAAGGUGCAUUGUGGGUGCUGCUCUCAAGAUGGGAUCGGCUGUCAAUCACUCAUCUCCACUGUCACCGGAAAACCAAAAUCUGACAAAAAGGCGACGUAAAUCCUUUCAGAACUCGUUUGGGAUGAGUGAUGUACAGAAAAAGGAAGCUUUUUGUAAAGAAGGAGAGACGCUCAUAUGGACAGUGGCUUUGAGGGCAUCCACAUCAGUGUUAUUACAUGUAUAACUCUAUAUUAUAAACACCAAUGAACGAGUUCCUUAUAGCUGUGGAUAUUGGAUGGACCUAGCUGGAUUUUGGUCUAUUCUCCAUUACAUGAUGAAGGAAGAUGCAGUUGCACUGUUAAACAGAGCUUCAGCAAGCACUGGCAUCGAACAACAUGCAUCUAGUUGUAUUUAUUUAUAUAACCUUUGUAAAUUAGCAAUCUUCAACAAUAAACAAAAACGUAUAAAUCUC